UUGCUCUCCCCUUUCCUCCCCUCCUCCCCCAUCCCUCCACUCCUUGGGAUUCAGCACAUUUCUGCCGUUAUCCUCGAUCCGUGCUUUCUAGUGACAAGUUACUGGACGUCAGACUUGUUGCGCGUCUUUCGACGCUUUUCCUCAGAUCCUGUCGUCUUGAUUUAGCUUGUCCGUGGUUCCCGUAACCACGCCUUCUGCGAGCAACCCAAAAGCCGUUCAUUCGCAGCGUUAGGGUUAUGGCUGACGACGAAAAUGUUCCGACCGUCUCAGAGGUUGGGUCGUUCGAUCUAGCCAAGAAGAAGAAGAAAAAGAAGAAGGAUCGAUCCGCGGAAGAGGAAGCCGCUGACGUGGCCGAGGUGUCUGAGAAGGUUGAAGGGUUGUCAGUUGAGGACUCCGUCGAGACUGUGGAUUUCGGGGCAAAGAAGAAAAAGAAAAAGAAGCCGCAGGCUGACGGAGAGGGCGCGGAUGGCGAGAAAGGAGAGGAGGCGGGUGAGGAGGGAGCGGCAGGGGAGGACGGAGAGGGCUUGGAGCUGAAGCUUGAAAAGAAGAAAAAGAAGAAGCCGAAGCAGAGGACGGAGGAGGAGGUGGUGGAGGCUGAGGAGCACGCCAAGGCGGAGGCGGAGGAGGAGGAGGAAGAGGAGGAGGAGGCGGCGGGCGAGGGGGAGGAGGACGAGGAGGCGGAGGGGAUUGAAUUGGGAGGCCCCACCAAGCUGCCGUGGGAGGGGACGGACCGGGAUUACAAGUAUGAGGAGCUCCUGGGCCGUGUGUUCAACAUUCUGAGGGAGAACAACCCUGAGCUGGCUGGAGACCGCCGCCGAACCAUCAUGCGCCCUCCUCAGGUGCUGCGAGAAGGAACCAAGAAGACAGUCUUUGCCAACUUCAUGGAUCUCUGUAAAACCAUGCACCGGCAGCCGGAGCACGUGAUGGCGUUCCUGCUGGCUGAGCUGGGUACCAGUGGUUCUCUCGAUGGCCAGCAGCGGCUGGUGGUGAAGGGCCGAUUCGCACCCAAGAAUUUUGAGGGUAUUCUGCGGCGAUACGUCAACGAGUACGUGAUGUGCAAUGGCUGCAAGUCGCCAGACACCAUCCUCUCCAAGGAGAAUCGCCUCUUCUUCCUGCGAUGCGAACAGUGUGGGUCGCAUCGCUCCGUUGCGCCCAUCAAGGCUGGUUUCGUGGCCCGGGUUGGCCGUCGCAAGGCUGUCAAGGCUUGAUAGCACAUAUCUGGCCUCGUUUUCGUAUACUUGUAGUAAAAGGUCCUUACCUCUCGAUUCAAGUGCAAAGCAAUUACACAGGAACCGUUUUUGUGGCUUUGUGUUUUGUUGGCGGUCAAUGGGCAGCUAUACGUGCUCUAUACGAUUAUGUACUUGGUCAAAUCAGAAUGUUAGCAGGGUUCAUUUGUAAGCUCACCCACAAACAUGUUC